ACCGAACGUUUGUCCACGGUGUACGCAGCUGGUCGCAGUUGGAAUCCUCGGUGUUCCUCCGGCGAGGAACGAGGAAAUGUAUACAAACGUCGCGCCAGAACAACCUGUCUGAAGUUGCCGCUUGUUUUUGCCAGCCGAUCACGUCGUGUUUUUGCAUCGUCAUAUCCGAACGUAGCGCUAAUCGCUAACCGCGGUCAAAUCGCUCGCGGGGCGCUCGGGCUCGAGGGCAAUUCCGCGAAAAUGCGUGGACGGUUUUACAUGGUUCACGUUUAUUCCUCGACGCAGAUGUGGUGAUCAGUCUGAUUUGUUCACGCCGCGUGGUGUAUCGCGGGCCUUUCGGAUUCGCGCGAUCGAGAAUCGUUCGCGAACGGCCACGACCACAACUCGUCGGCGCUUACGUAUGUUAAUAUUGCUCAACAAAUCACAAGGACGCUUUGUUAUCAAGAUGGUGAUGAACUUGUGAUUCUUCAUCGACUCACCAUGUCAGAUGAUUUGCCGCAUAUUUCGUAUGGGGUCGACAGCCGUGGUAGGAUAGUGCGCAUCGAGUCCGGUAUAAGUAGAACGAACAUCAGACGUUUUCCAAGCAUAGAGGAGGCCCUGAGGAGACUUAGUACAAAUCUGCGAUCAGACAGACAAGCCAGUGAUUCCAAUAAUGCAGUCUCUCUUUCUAUAGUAGAAUCCGAUGCUCAAAUGGAACAAAUAGCAUCCGAAGAGGAAGAUGUACGGUAUGUAUGGGACGACGGAACAGAUCCGGAGAUAUCUAUCGACGUCACGGAUGGAACGGAUGGGGCAGAUAGAGCAGAUGGAGCAAAUCACAAUACUACUAGCGAAUCAUCAUUGACCCCCGACGAAGACAGGCGUUACUGCUGGGUGUGCUUUGCGACAGAAGAAGAUGACGUAACCGCGGCAUGGGUGAAGCCAUGUCACUGUCGAGGCACUACCAAGUGGGUUCACCAAGGUUGCAUACAGAGAUGGGUGGAUGAGAAGCAGAAAGGCCACGCCAGUCAUACUGUAGCCUGUCCGCAAUGCAACACGGAAUAUAUUAUAGUUUAUCCAAAUAUGGGUCCACUAGUGAUAGUGCUCGAUACUAUUGACGCAGUUAUCUUCCGAGUAUGUCCCUUUAUCGCUGCUGGUAUAGUAGUUGGUUCCAUAUACUGGACAGCUGUAACCUACGGUGCAGUCACUGUUAUGCAAGUGGUAGGGCACAAGGAUGGGCUGACUAUGAUGGAGCAGGCUGAUCCUUUGGUCCUGCUGGUCGGCUUACCCACCAUUCCGAUUAUGUUGGUGCUAGGAAAGAUGCUUAGAUGGGAAGAUCAGGCGCUGAGCUUUCUAAGGCGACACGCAUCGAAAGUUCCUAUCUUGAGGCAUUUCCUUCCUAGUAGCUAUUCUGACGUGAACACGAGUAUACAGUCUGACGAUAUACCACCGAUGAACGAUCCAGUAUCCGCGACGCGUAUUCUUUGUGGCGCACUUUUGUUGCCGACCAUCGCCAGCCUAUGUGGAAAACUGUUCUUUGAAAGCAUAAGUUCCAAUUUUCAGAGAACACUUUUGGGCGGUGUAGCUUUUAUAACGAUAAAAGGUGCAUUCAAGAUUUACCAUAAGCAACAACAGUACAAAAGACAAUGCCAACGUCGUGUAAUGGAUUAUACAGAAAGUAAUGUCGCAUUAUAUAGAAGGCAGCAAGAUUCCGAAAAUGACCGAACUUAAAUAAAAUGUCAACUAAUUAAUAUUUGAAUAAUAAUGUUUAAGUUUGAUGCAAAUUUAUGCGAGCGAAACUUCUCGAGAUGUAAAACAGCUUGACUUUCCAGUAAUAUCUGACUAAAUUUGGCGGAUAUAAUUUUUCAUACAUAUUUAUAGCGUCAUAUAUAUAUAUACACACACACUAAUGAUCGUAAUGUGGUGCAUUGUAUUAAGGCAGUUGUAUGUAUAUAUAAAAAUAGAUAUCCCUAAGCAGGUUUAUAGUCAGCGGUUUGAUUUAUGAUUAUAUUUUUCCCCAGAAAAGAGUCAUGUUGAAUAAUUUGAGACAUCCUUGAAUUUACAUUUAGGGGACAGUACUUUUUAAUGAUUGUUAUAUUAAGCAAGUAAUACUAUUCUUCUUUUAUUUUCGAUUGUAUUUCGUAUUUCAAUCUUCCUUCGCAAUUACUUUUACUUACAUUAUGUAUAUUAAAAAUUAUCUAUAAUUUACUAAACCUAAGAAAGAACUAUUUGUUACGAGUAUAAAAAAUGCAAGUAAAAAUGAAGGAAAAUUAACAAAUGUUGACAAAUUGCUGUGAAUAAUAUUUGUUAUUCUCUUAUAUUUAGAGUAUAAAUAAUAUAUGCCCAUAUAUACAAUGUGUAUAAUAUACUAUUCAAAUAUACUCAAUAUAUACAUAUGUGCGUGUGUGUCCACGCAUACACGCAUGUAUAUAUAUUCACCACAUGUACCUAUACACAUAUGUGUAUCUAUGCAUAAAUCUUUAUUAUAUUAUAAUUAAAAUUUAUAGGCUAUAUUUUUUUUGUAAUCUAAUUUCACAUGUAAAUGCUGUUAUAAAAUAAUCCAUAGCAAAUAUAGAAACUAAUUAUACACACA